CCCCACACACACAUACCCCCCUUUGAUUUUGACUGCUAAGCGCUGCUCUGUCUCUGGCCCAAAUCUUUGUAUCUAACAUUUGGUCCAAACUGGCUCCAGACUGUGGCCGGUAGGAAACUAGAUAGGUCUGCCAAACCCAUACUCUACUGAAGUCAUUGGAUGAGAUGCUUCACCAGGGACUCCCACAGUCUACCCAGAAAAUACCCACUCAGAAUCCUUCGCCGUGCUUUCUCGAUGCUGAACUGCCCCUUGGGGGAGGGGUGACUGCCCACAAGGAGGCAAGGGUUUCCUUCUUAAACCCAGAAUGACCCUCAGCUGCUGAGAACACCUAGAAAGCCUUUUUCAUUUCCAGAGUCACGUUUAAUGUUCACUUUCCCAGUGGGGAUGAGGCAGAAAUCAUGAUUUUUUUUUUUCUUGGAAACAGAUUUUUCAUGGGACGGAAACCAAACACCCUGAGUUGUCAGCAGCUUGUCCGUGCCUCUGAACCACCAGCCUCCUGUCAUUCAGUUGAAUCAGAGGCUACUUCUCAGUCACCUGCUAAGGGUGUCCACAUCCCCUGUUUGGUAUAUUUGGCUGAAUCACAGGUUCUAUGAACAGCCGCUAACCACAGGGUCGUGGGCAAUGGCCCCCUUUCCAAGCCUGUCUCCUCGAUUUGGGAAUAGCGAGGGGAGAGCGAUUAAUAGUCUGGAUGAAAGCUUAAGGACAUACGGUUUGCCGGAGAGAAAAAGUGAAUAUUCUCACUUCUUGAUCUCUGCCAACUUUACAGGGUCCCAGCUGCUGCUCAGGGCAAACACACUAGUCCAGAGUUAGCUGUGCCCCUAAGAUACGUGUCACCCCAAGCCACAGGCCAGCACGGAAAUGCAGGUCUCACCAUCGGCAUAAAGGAGCUCUAUCCUCAAAAGAACUUUGUUUCUUGACCAGCUCGCUAAUUGUGAUUGAAAACACCAGCUCCCCAGCAAUGCUCACGCAUCCGAGUUAGCAGAAACAAGACAGGCCCUAAUUGCUCCAUUUACAUAAAAGUAGAAACAUACAACUUCUAAAUAUAAAUCUCUGGCACAUCGUUUCUUUUGCAAUUACAGUAAAAUAAGGUACCAGUUUCCCUCCGGGCUCCUCCUCACAGCAAGCUGCUCCCCGGGUUCGCUAGUGGCUGCUCCUCCAGGCGAGCACAGGGCCAGCUUGGAGUUGGAGCUUUGUGAAGUAGCCAGUAAAUCAGAACGCCUCCGCUAGGUGCAGAGCGCGGUGGCAGCGGGCCACUCUGCCAGUGCGGUAGUCGGUGGGACCGAACUCCACACUCGGGAAGGGGCAGUCUGCGGGCGCCAGGCCUGUGCUGCCGCUUGCCUCGGUCGGCCCGGAGACCGCCAGCCCCACUGCAGGUCCCGGUCCCUGACAUUCCCUGGCACUGAGGGCUGGGAUCAGAGAUUCCCAGCUGCACUCACUGAACAGUGAUUUUUUUUUUCUUCCCCUCCCUGAAUUCUUUAGCUGCCAAAAGGGGGGGAAAAAUCAAGAGCUGCGCUUUUAAACGAAGUUGCCCUUGCUGGUGUUCAGGGUAAAAAUAGAGGCGGCCGCUUGGACCGGCUUGGCCCUGAGUCCAGGCGUCCCGCGAGCCGGGCUGGAGCUGCGCAUUCGGGAGUGAUCCCUGGAAACUGCCAGCAGGUGCUGCUCAAGGUACGGUGGCAGGCUGAGAAGGGACAGGGCCUGGGUGCAGGGAGUCUUCGCGGGAGGGGCAGGAAGUGAAAGAGAAACCAACCCGGUUCAGAGCUGCGCUGACCAGCGCACGCCCUGGGCCCUGGAAUUCAGCAGGGAAACGCUGAUCCCCAGCCCAGAAUAUUCCACAGAAGCUAUUUUAACCUGCCUGCUUCCUUCACCACCCCAACUUGAUUUCGACGGAAAGAGAGGAGACUUUCCCAGCUCUGAGGUUGGGGGAUCCAGCUACUACGUCAUGUCAUAGCUGAUAGACUGGCUCAGCAGGUGGGCACUUCCGUGGUGUCAAAGGCCGACAGGGUCUCAGAGUGACCCCUAAGGUGGCCUCUGCAGUCAGGGUCCUGAACAUUCCCACGACACACAUGUGCCAGAGAUAACAUUCUUUAUGACCACUGAGUUUUAACCCUGAGAUUAUAGAUCCCAUUUUAUAGAUGGAAACACUGAGGCUUGUGUUUAAAUGAUGAGGAAGCCUCAGAUUUCAGGGUCUGAUGGAGGCACUUCCCUGUGCCACCCACAGUACAAUGGGGUGUAAGUGAUGCUUUCCCUGAAUUCGUGUGUGAGGCAGGAGGUGGGUUUCAAUGCUUAGAGCCUCUUAUCAGACAAUAUGGGAGUGCCUCUCUUCAGAGGGUUUGUGUUCAUCCUGGGGUGGGUAUGGGAUCGAGCAUCUCUGAUUUUUUUUCUGUCUUUGCCACUCAUAUUCCUUGCUUCCCCUGCAACUUCAUUUCCUACUUCAGUUCUUCUGCAGUUCUUAGAAUGCUCCUCUCUCUCCUCCUCCCCCACAUAGAGCUAGCACCCACACUUUGUAGUCAAGAGAUACCCUUGCACAGACAGCUCUUGGUGUCCUAAAGGAACCUUCCCCCACUACACAUCAGGAGACCAGAGCCUCUACAUUUUACUUGUGGGCACAGUGAAAAGUUUAUUUUAUGCAUGUUAAAUCCGGCACACAAAACAACAUAUCUGGUCAUAUGGCUUUCAUUAGCUCCCAAUUUUGCACAUUUUAUCUAACUUGUCAUGUGAACCUGGCCAGUGCUUCGGCUGUACUCCUUCCUGAGCACAAUGACCUGUCUUCACUGUGCUUUAUCGGGGUGUGCCUCCCUCUGUUAUCUCCCUGCCAGGGCGAGCCCCCCAAAAAGGAAAGUCCCCAAAUUAGCUUUACUUCUAUUUCAAAGAAGAGUCCACUUCUUUUCAUUAAACUCAAGUUGAUAAUGUUUAUAAAUCAUAGGACUUGCAGUUCUAGCCUAAAAGAACGAUGUAUUUUUUUGUGUGUGUGUGGUUUUGUUUUGUUUUCUAGUUAGGAAGUUCACUUGCAAAGAAGGACCAUUUCCCAAGUCUGGGGUGAUGAAUGAUGUAUGAAGCCGGCAUUCAGUUUCAAGGUGUAAAUUAAUAGUGUGAGUCAAGGCAGAGAGACCAUCACCACAUGGACAUACAGAUUUUCCCAGGUUUUCCCUCAAGAAACUGGUUAUUUUAAUCAUAAUUACAAAAUUAGACUUCCUAUAAAGAACACUGUGAAUUUUCUUUGCUGCGGAGAAGGAAAGUUCUUUGCAAAUAGAGGCAGCUUUAUGAAGUAGCAGAUGUUUUAUGUACAGACAUGAAACUGAACCUGAAUAGAACAAGACGUGAAGUGUGAGUAGGAUGAAGUCAGAACUGAGCAGUCGUGGAGAUGAGGUGUGUGCGUGCUUGACUCUCUCCUUUUUUGUAAAGCGUGGACUGUUCUAGCCACAGGCUUUCCUGCUCACUGCAUCACCCAGGUAGUGUCUCAGAAGCCAAGAGGGAUUUCCAUAGAUAAUGAAUUAUGAAAUGUCUCACUCUGGAAAAACUAGUCAUCUGCUGAUGUCAUGCUGAUUCUAACCAAUCCUAAACAAAGCCCCAGCCCUCCUCUUUGAGAGGUACCAAUGUGUGAGUGUACGACUAAGUACUACAGUAUAAAACUUCCCAGUGUCAAUGCCGUGAAGAGGAGCUCAGACAGCUCUGACCUCAUGAUACAAGAACCGGCUGGCAAAGCAGAAGGGAUCUGAAAGAGAAUUUGCUGAAGAGGAGAAGAAAAAAAAGUCCAAAAAAAAAAAAAAAAAAAAAACCUGUGCGUGAGGUGGGGGGAGGAAAAGCAGGGCCUUUAAAGAAGGCAACCACACGACUUUUGCUGCCAGGAUGCCCUUGCUUUGGCUGAGAGGAUUUCUGUUGGCAAGUUGCUGGAUUAUAGUGAGGAGUUCCCCCACCCCAGGAUCCGAGGGGCAAGGCGCAGCCCCGGACUGCCCGUCCUGUGCGCUGGCCACCCUUCCGAAGGAUGGACCUAACUCUCAGCCAGAGAUGGUAGAAGCUGUCAAGAAGCACAUCCUAAACAUGCUGCACUUGAAGAAGAGACCCGAUGUCACCCAGCCGGUGCCCAAAGCGGCGCUUCUCAACGCGAUCAGAAAGCUUCAUGUGGGUAAAGUGGGGGAGAACGGGUACGUGGAGAUAGAGGACGACAUUGGCAGGAGGGCCGAAAUGAAUGAACUCAUGGAGCAGACCUCGGAGAUCAUCACCUUUGCCGAGUCAGGCACAGCCAGGAAGACACUGCAUUUUGAGAUUUCCAAGGAAGGCAGUGACCUGUCAGUAGUGGAGCGUGCAGAAAUCUGGCUCUUCCUGAAAGUCCCCAAGGCCAACAGAACCAGGACCAAAGUCACCAUCCGUCUGUUUCAGCAGCAGAAGCAUCCACAGGGCAGCUUGGACAUGGGGGAAGAGGCCGAGGAAAUGGGCUUAAAGGGGGAGAGGAGUGAACUGUUGCUAUCGGAGAAAGUGGUCGAUGCUCGGAAGAGUACCUGGCACAUCUUUCCAGUGUCUAGCAGCAUCCAGCGCCUGCUGGACCAGGGGAAGAGCUCCCUGGAUGUGCGGAUUGCUUGUGAGCAGUGCCAGGAGAGUGGUGCCAGCCUGGUGCUCCUGGGGAAGAAGAAGAAGAAAGAAGUGGAUGGAGAUGGGAAGAAGAAAGAUGGAAGUGACGGAGCGGUGGAAGAGGAAAAGGAGCAAUCACACAGACCUUUCCUCAUGCUGCAGGCUAGGCAGUCGGAAGACCAUCCUCACCGCAGGCGUAGGCGGGGCUUGGAGUGUGACGGCAAGGUCAACAUCUGCUGUAAGAAACAGUUCUACGUCAGCUUCAAGGACAUUGGCUGGAAUGACUGGAUCAUUGCUCCCUCUGGCUAUCAUGCCAACUAUUGUGAGGGUGAGUGCCCAAGCCACAUAGCAGGGACCUCUGGGUCGUCACUCUCCUUCCAUUCAACCGUCAUCAACCACUACCGCAUGAGGGGUCACAGCCCCUUUGCCAACCUUAAGUCAUGUUGUGUGCCCACCAAGCUGAGACCCAUGUCCAUGCUCUAUUAUGAUGAUGGCCAAAACAUCAUCAAAAAGGACAUUCAGAACAUGAUUGUGGAGGAGUGCGGCUGCUCCUAGAGCUGCCAGGGCCCAGAGGAAACGGAUCUAGAGAGUCCAGAGAAGACAGUGGCAAAAUGAAGAAAAAUAUAAAAUAUCUGAAUUAAACAAAACAACCAGAAAAAUAGAAAUAAAAAACCCACAAAAAACAAAAACUAAACUGAAAACAAAACCUAAUGAAACAGAUGAAGGAAGUUGUGGAAAAUAUCCUAAGCCAGGGCUCAGAGAUGAAACAGUGAAGGAAACAGGGAUUGGGAGGAAAAGAGAGAAUGGUGUACCCUUCAUUUCUUCCAAAACCAAACUGAUUGCAUCAGUUUUAUCCAAACUGGGUAUUGUCCUCUCUCCUGCCUCUUGCGGUUCCUUUGAGAGCCUGGAAGUCUACUUGUCUAUUCUGCAGUAAUGUGGGCUAGCACAACCCAAAUACGUCUAGAAAGCCAUGAGUUUUAAAGGGCCAGUCCCACCCAGAUACCCAGGUCAUAAGUAUAUCUAUGUGACACUAUCUCUGUGUAUUUCAGUGUGCACACAUAUGUGUGCACACACACAGGCGCGUGCACGUGCACGCACGCACACACACACACACACACACACAGAGGUAUUUCCACACACCACAUGCACACACAUACUGGUAAAAGAACAAUUCUGUGCAGGUGGUCACAUUUUCUUUUCUGUACCACUUUUGCCACAAGACAAAAAUCAACAUAAAGCAUUGAGAACAAGAAUGGGAAGAGUGAAAGAUGAAGGAAGAAAGAACACCAAGUCACAUUUCGUUAAGGUGCUUAUGAUCUUAGAACUAUGCAACCUAAUAGGUUUGAAACUGUUUACCUGAAAGAGGACAAAAAGAGAGACUUUUUUGUAUUGGAAGUAACCUGAUUAAUUUUUAUUUUCUUCAAGGAGAGAUACUUGAAAGGAAUAUGUUUGUCCAUCUGUUGGAUUCAAACAUUUCUAUAUUUUGUAAAUGUUGUUUUUCUAUCGUUUACUAUUUGCACUACGAUGGUGUUUGACCUGUCUAAUCCUUAUUUAACAAGUAUUUUCUUUGGGUGGGGGUGGGGGUGGGGUUUAAGAGCUGCACUUCAUGUGAGCUAUAAAAGAACUGCUACAGCACACAAAAUAGCUAUUUUUAUUAUUAUAAUUAUAAUUAUUAUUAUUAUUUUGUACCUUAAAAAUAGACACAUACACCAAAGACAUUUGUGUGAGCCUUUAAACAGUCUGUCUGUGGUUGAUAUUGUUCGCCAUCAAUGAGUCAGGGCUUGAGGGUUAAGGUUGAGUCAGGUGAAUUGUGUUCAGGCUUAAAAGACCUGAGAGGUUUGGAUUUUGACUCCUUUUUACAUCCAUGAAACAGGACAUUUCAUACUGGAUGUACAGUAGUGUACACUGUUGGAUUAUCAAGUUCAAAUUCAUGAGACUACAUGCUUGUAUGUGUAUAUAUACAUUGCUUGUGCAUAUGCAUACCUGUGUGUAUAUAUACAUGUAUUGUACCAUGUCCAUACACAUUUUAAGCACUUCAGGCUGUCAUUUUUUUAAAUGUUCUUAAAACAAUGAAUGUUUGUGUGCAAAACACAGUAUUUUUAAGAAGGAUAAGUGAUAGAUUUUUUUCUUGCUUUUACUCUGUACUAGGUGGGUACAUUUCAAAUAUUUGGAUGGGAAAAAGCCUGAAAAUCCCAGCGAGUAUCCAGCGAGGCCCUCUUUAAAUGUACAAGAUGAAAUUCCCCCCUCUUUCUCACCCCUGCUCCCUACAAGUUAUCCCCUGUGGGGAAAACAGGAUGUUAAUAAAAACAGUGGGCUGAGUUUUUUCAACUUAUAUUUAUUAUUUAUUGGAAUCAAUCUUAAAUCAGAAACUUUUCGGGAAAAAUAUCUCUAGGCUAGAAUGAAAGUUCUUUUUUUAAAAAAAUAGUGUUGCUACUACUUAAAUAAUAAAAUAUUCAAGAAAGUAUUUAAGACAGUUGGAGAUAAGGGUGAGAACUCUUAGGAGCCAGGGAGUAGGGUAGUUGUACACAUCUCUAAUAGUUCAUUUUACAGCCAAAAAUCUUGACCUGUAAGUUUGUAUUUUUCAGAGGCAAAACUGAAAAGAUUGUCUUAUAAAUAUCAAAAUACAUGCUUAAACCCAAGUCUCUAAUCUAGCCCACUGUUUUGCUUGCCUAAAACAGCUGAUAAACUAUACAUCUAUGUAUUUAAAAUACAGAGCCUUAUUUUUACGGACUUGUUUGAAGUUUGAAAACUUUAUAAAAAAUGAAAAUCUCUAAUUGAGAAAAACUAUAUUCCUUGGUAUUUUAUAAAACAUUGAAACUUUUAGCAUUAAGUCAGUCCAUAGACUAAAGUCAUUGUAGGAAAAUGAAAUACAGUGAGAAAUUAAAUCUUACAAAAGCAGGUUUAACCCUUAAAAAAAAACUAAGUCAAUAUAUAUUCUAUAUACUAAGUCAAUAUACACCAUCACAUUAGGCUGUAUGUAGGCAAUCUACUUUAGUCUUGUUACUGGGCAAACAUACUUACUAUGUUCCAGGGGCCUUCCCUGUUUUAUGCAGGAAAUGCAUGUACUGCAUAAGAAAUGAAUUAUAACUAAGGUCCAUUGACCUUGGAGAUCUUGCAUGUGGGGACAAAUGGCAUGGUGAGGAAAACUGAGGGGAAGUAGAUGGCCAGGUUCAACUUUGCCAAUUUUUAUGAAAAACUUUAGGGUCCUCUGAACUGUUUCCUUAGUACUGGAGCUAAAACUGGGACCUAUAGACAUAGUAGAGGUCUACUGUGCCAUAUCAGAGCCGAUCUAGACCACGGGGAGAGCAGGAUUUAUGAAACUACUAAUUAUAGUUCUCAUUCAUCUGAGAUGGAUCUGUAAUCUUUUAUAGUCCUUUAAAUUCUAGAUGUAUUGGGGGUAAGCUCGGGUUUGAUUAGUAACCAUAAUAAUUAAAUCUAGGAACAAAAUGAAUUCCACAGGACAGUGUAAUAAUUGGGGAUCAAGUGACUUGGUUGUCACAUACCAAUAAACCACAUCUGAGCUCAUCAAAUUUGUCUGGCCUUGCAAUAGGAUUUAAAUUGUGAACAUCUCUAAGCAUAUUAGAUAUUUUGCUAUUGUUAGCACUCUCAGAAAACACCAAGUCUUGUGAACAACUGGUCCUUUCACAUAGCUGCUUAGUCCAAAAAUCAAAAGUUUUGACUGUCUAACAGCAUAGUUUCUUCACGGUGUGUUUUACCUAGCAUCAAAGUGGCUCUAUCUAGUCUUCUCACUUUCUCUAGGAUAAUUUUGAAGUAUCUGCCCACAUGAAUUCCAGAAGUCAUGAAGAGCAUGACUCUGUGCUCAACAUCUCUUUAAAAUUUAAAUACUUUAUAAGCUUAAUUGACACCCCCCACACACCCAAAAUAAGGCAUAUUCCAGCACAAUGAUUGGGAUUUUCUUAUCCUAGAAGACCGACCAAUUCCACUGUCAUUUAAGAUUGAUUCCACACUCCAUUGUCAAGGAGAGGCCUUGCAUCUUCCUGAAAGGCAGAAUAAGCAAAAUUGUUUCACAUUUGCGGGACUGAACUCAAGAGGUGACUAAGAAAAAAAAAAGUAAACAUGCCUCAGUUGUAGUAAAUAUACAUCUAAAUGAUUGUGGUCACUUGAAAAUUAUGAUUUCCUGUGGGCCUUUUAGCAAUUUCUCUUUUUCAAUAUAGAUAAAAACUCAAUUACCCCCAAUGCCCGCAUACGUGAAACUUGUAGAUGUGGGCAGGAGGUUUGGGGAUGAACACUGUAUGUGUUUAAAGUAAACCCUGUAACACGGAGAAGCUAUUGGAUGGCUCAGAUAAUGAAUGCUAUGAUGCUGUUCACAUCUUCAAGAGCAGAAUCACAUGUCUCAGCUAUAUUAUUAUUUAUUUUUAUGCAUAAAGUGAAUCAUUUCUUCUGUAUUAAUUUUCAGUGGGUUUUACCCUCUAUUUAAAUGCUUUGAAAAACAGUGCAUUGACAAUGGGUUGAUAUUUUUCUUUAAAAGAAAAAUAUAAUUAUGAAAGCCAAGAUAAUCUGAAACCUGUUUUGUUCUAAAACUUUUGUGUUAUGUGGUUGGUGUUUGUUUGUUUUUAUUUUUAUUUUGUGAGUUCUCUUGCAUACUAUAUGCGAUUCUUUAACCAAUGUCUGUUUGGCUAAUGUAAUUAAAGUUGUUAAUUUAUAUGAGUGCAUUUCAACUAUGUCAAUGGUUUCUUAAUAUUUAUUUUGUAGAAGUACUGGUAAUUUUUUAUUUACAAUAUGUUUAAAGAGAUAACAGUUGGAUAUGUUUUCAUGUGUUUAUAGCAGAAGUUAUUUAUUUCUAUUCCAUUCCAGCGGAUAUUCUGGUGUUUGCGAGGCAUGCAGUCAAUAUUUUGUACAGUUAGUAGGCAGUAUUCAGCAAUGCCUGAUAGCUUCUUUGGCCUUAUGUUAAAUAAAAAGACCUGUUUGGGAUGUA